AUGACAAUUACUUUCGAAUCACACACUUCUGAACCAAAAAGACCGACAUCAUUCCCUCAAAUAUCUCUUCUAUUCACAUCCCCAAUAUCCUACUUUACAUCCGUAUUAAGAUAUUUAUUGAUCCAAAUACUAAAACAGGGUCCUGUACCGCAGCAUGUUGGGUUUGUAAUGGAUGGAAAUCGGCGGUUUGCAAAGAAGAUCAACGUGCAGACGGGCGAGGGUCAUUAUUUGGGUUUUAAGAAGCUUGAAGAAACUCUCGAUAUAUGUUUACAACUUGGGAUCAAGGUUGUUACAGUUUAUGCUUUCAGUAUUGAGAACUUUAAGCGACCAAAAGAAGAAGUACAGGCAUUGAUGGAAUUGGGAAAGGCAAAGUUGAUUGAACUUUGUGAGCAUAGCGACGUGGUUCGGAAGUUUGGAGUGCGCGUACGGGUAAUCGGAAACGAGUCUCUACUGAGUUCUGAUCUACGUGAUAUCAUUAAUAAAACAAAAGAAACUACAAAGGAUAAUUACGAGGCAAUAUUGAACAUCUGUUGUCCUUACACUUCACGCGACGAAAUAGCUUCUUCGAUCAGAGGUGUGGUCAAUAAAGCACAACAGGGCGAAAUACAAAUAAGCGAUAUUACAGAAAAUAUCUUGGAAGAUAAUCUCUACACAAGUGAAUGCCCUCCACUCGAAAUACUUAUUCGCACGUCUGGAGAGAUCCGUCUAAGUGACUUUUUACUGUGGCAGAGCCAUCAGAAUUGCAGUAUUCGUUUUGUUGAUUGUUAUUGGCCCGAAUUUUCUAUAUGGGAUAUGUUACCAAUAUUUUUGGAGUACCAGCAAAAUCGCCAACGGAAAUGA